CCGCCUCGCUGACGCCUUUCACUUGCGCCGGAAGAGAAUUCAAUUGAGUUCGAAAGGGAAGAUGGCGGCUGCGGCGAAAAAAAGUGUUCUCUCGUCCUUGGCGGUUUAUGCAGAAGAUUCCGAGCCCGAGUCCGAUAGCGAGACCGGCGGAGCCGGUAGCGACCGAGGAGCAGGGACGGAGAAAGGAGGUUUGGUGUCAGAAAGCUAUGGAGAAGAUGACUUCAGUAAAAUGGAAGGAGAAGAGGAUGGUUAUGAUGAAGAUGAUGAUGAAAACAGCAGACAGUCAGAAGAUGACGAUUCAGAGACUGAAAAACCUGAGGCUGAUGACCUAAAGGACUUUUCAGAACUGGAGAAGAGAGAUCCCCAGGAAUUAGUUGCUUCUUUCUCUGAGCGCGUAAGGAACAUGUCACCUGAUGAGAUCAAAAUCCCCCCAGAGCCACAAGGGAGAUGUUCCAACCACUUACAGGACAAAAUACAGAAACUGUAUGAGAGGAAAAUCAAGGAAGGUAUGGACAUGAACUAUAUCAUUCAGAGGAAAAAAGAGUUCCGAAACCCCAGCAUUUAUGAGAAGCUGAUCCAGUUUUGUGCAAUUGAUGAACUCGGCACUAAUUACCCCAAGGACAUGUUUGAUCCUCAUGGGUGGUCUGAGGAUUCGUAUUAUGAGGCACUAGCAAAAGCACAGAAAAUUGAAAUGGACAAGCUGGAAAAGGCCAAGAAAGAGCGAACGAAGAUUGAAUUUGUAACAGGCACUAAGAAAGGGACAACGAACGCUCCCUCUACAACCACCACAACAGCCAGCACUGCGGGUGGAGAUGCACAGAAGAGGAAAAGCAAAUGGGAUUCUGCCAUUCCUGUGACAACAAUAGCUCAGCCCACCAUUCUCACAACUACUGCAACAUUGCCAGCUGUUGUAACUGUUACCACCAGUGCAAGUGGCUCCAAAACAACAGUGAUUUCAGCUGUUGGCACCAUAGUGAAAAAGGCAAAACAGUGACAAGCACAGUAAAGAAACUGACUGAGUGGCUGAAGCUUUUUUUCAGACUUGACUGACACCAAAAUCACCGUCUUUGGAAUAAAGGAGGGACACUCUUUUCCAGAUGUGAAAAUGAAAGACUGUUGGGAAAUAGGACGAAGAGUGGGCUUGCCUAUUUAUAAUGGAGUUUUCUGUGGAAAAAAGCUCUUAGGCUUUGGUAUAACUGCUCCCUACAGUACUGUGCGCAAUCCAGCGUCGCUGUGUCAAUCUUACAUUUCACUGAAAGCUGUAUUACAACUGUCACUAUGUUAGAAAAACUGUACUGAAUUGGACCAUUCAGUUACAUUUAUUCUUCUCUCUGCCUCCAAGAAUUAUAGGCAAGAUUCACUACUCCUCUCAAAAAUUUAAGAGAAAGAAGAGUAUAUGACAACUCAGUUUCAGGCAGGUCAUCAUAUGGACUAGGAUGAGUUGUUCCCAUGCAAUCCAUUUAGAUUAAAUGUCACAAAUCAGGAACUGGAACACUUUGAAAUUUGAGGGAUGAAACAAUUCAUAACAUUUGUAGCCAUGCCUGUAUUUGAGGAAUCUUUGUGCAGAUCUGAACGCAGCUGAUAAGGAGGGUGUUUGUGAAUAAGGAAUCAAAUACAGUUUCUGUAUGCUAACACCUUUUGUUAGAGUUCUGCAUAUACAUUUUAAAUGUCUUUUGUGCAUAUGUAAUAGCAACAAAGAUUCCAAAUAGGGAUGUGUAUAACUCACUGAUUUGGGAAUAGAAUAUUCCAGAGACUUCCAGAACAUUCUAUUCCCUCUCUGGACCAUGCUGAACCUUCUCCCAGACCAUGCCAUUUCAGGGACAGUUAGGCAGUUUCAGAAGUAAAUCCUCUGAACCACCACACAUGUUCAGUUCUUUCCGGCGCUCUAAAUUUUGCACAUCCCUAGUUCCAAAGUACAUAAUUGUACAAUACUGCCAUUUUCAGCAGUGUAAUUGCAAACACACUAUCAGUUUAAAUUUGUAUAAGCUUUCUUACUGGUUUGACUUAAAUAUUGGAAUAUAAAAACAAACUUUUGAAA